AGAGGCCACACUCAUCGAGGCCGUGACGGUCUUGGCCGAAGAAAACUCACCCGGCAGAGACGGGCUGCAAAGAUGGCCUUGCACCCACAGGCCGGAAGACCUCAUGGCCAUCACAGAGAUGGAAGUGAGCCACAAGCUGAAGCCACAACCCAGGACAUGGGGAGGCAUCCUUCCCCAGGCAGGGUGGGACCAGCUGUCUGCCCCAUCCGAGGGCUGAGAUCUCAGGCUGCUAGAAGACCCCGAAGGGGUGUAGGGACAUCUUCCUCAAGGGUUCCUCGCUCUGGUGCCCUCAUGCCUGCAACACGCAGCCGUACUAGAUUCAUCCACUGCCGGGGUCAGCCCCCUCGGACCCAUGUCAGCUCCAAGAGACCCAAACGAUCCAGGAUCCGUCGAUGCCACCCUCGGGUGCCAGGCUGGACCCAUGAGAAACGGAUGGGGAGCAGUGUCGAGGAGCGGCUCCGGCCUGAGCUAAGUCGGCUGGACCAAGAUGCAGACCUCCUAGAGGAAGAAGAAGCUGCCAGACUACCUGUGACCUCCCUGGAGGGGCUCUUUCUGGAAGGGGACAAGCAGCCCAAUUCUGGUCAGGGCCCUUUCUUUUACAUCGGAGGCACCAACGGAGCAUCGAUAAUCAGCAACUACUGUGAGAGCAAGGGCUGGCAACGCACUCAGGACAGUCGCUGUGAGGACUACAAGCUAAAGUGGUGUGAGAUCAAGUGCAGGGACAACUACUGCAGCUUCCGGGAAGGCCAGCAGUUGCUGUUCCAGCUCCCCAACAAUAAGCUGCUCACUACCAAGAUCGGGUUGCUCAGUGCCCUGCGGGAGCAUGCACGAACUUUGAGUAAAGCCAGGCUGCUGCCCAGUACCCAAGCCAAGGUCCUGAAAAUGGAAGAGUUUUUUCCAGAGACCUAUCGGCUGGACAUCAGGGAUGAGAGACAGGCUUUCUUCACUCUAUUUGAUGAAACCCAGAUAUGGAUCUGCAAGCCCACGGCCUCCAACCAGGGAAAGGGCAUCUUUCUGAUCAGGAGCCAGGAGGAGGUUGCUGCCCUGCAGGCCAAGACCCAGAGCAUUGAGGACGACCCCAUCUACCGCAAGAUGCCCUUCCGUGCACCUCAGGCGCGGGUGGUGCAGAGAUAUGUCCAGAACCCGCUGCUGCUAGAUGGGAAGAAGUUUGAUGUGCGCUCCUACCUGCUCAUUGCCUGUGCCAUGCCCUACAUGGUCUUUUUUGGCCAUGGCUAUGCCCGCCUCACCCUCAGCCUGUAUGACCCUCAUUCCAGUGACCUCAGUGGUCACUUGACCAAUCAGUUCAUGCAGAAGAAGAGUCCCCUGUAUAUGCUGCUGAAAGAGAGCACUGUGUGGAGCAUGGAGCACCUCAACCGAUACAUCAAUGACAAGUUUAGGAAGACCAAGGGCCUCCCCAGAGAUUGGGUCUUCACCACCUUCACGAAGCGGAUGCAGCAGAUCAUGGCCCACUGCUUCCUGGCUGUCAAGUCCAAGCUGGAGUGCAAGCUGGGUUACUUUGAUCUCAUUGGCUGUGAUUUCCUGAUUGAUGAGAACUUCAAGGUGUGGCUGCUGGAGAUGAACUCCAACCCUGCCCUACAUACCAACUGUGAAGUCCUGAAGGAGGUGAUCCCUGGAGUGGUUAUGGAGACCUUGGAUCUAGCUCUUGAGACCUGCCAAAAGAGCUUGCAUAGUCAGAAGAUGCUGCCCCUGCUGUCACAGCGUCGCUUUGUGCUCCUUUACAACGGCGAGACCACGGACCUGUGGCCGCGCUUGGGGGGCUCGCGCCCCCUUGCCCGCCUGCCUCCGCCGCCGCCUCCCCGGCCUACCUGUGAGGUCGCAUCCUCUGUGCUGUCCUCAGUACGUGCCGCUGCAGACCGGCCUGGUGCACGCAAGCCCGUGCCUUCCAGGGACGCUCCCAUAUGCGCCUUCCGCAAAUCGCAGCUGCCUGACUCCAGCGGAGGAUCCGGAGCUGAGUCUGAGCCCUCUCUCUGUUCUGGGUCCCCAGAAGGCAGCAGGGACGCGGUUGGCGAGCCCUCCCUGGGGCCACCCGAAGAAGAGCGCGAGGAGGAACAGAGGAGCGCUAGCCACCGGGGCUCCUAGCCGCCACAAGCAUCCAGACCCCCUGCUCACGGCCGUGCCCUCUCCGGGACCUAUAAAAGCUACUUUGUGACAAACGCGGCCUCCAGAAGCCAGUCCCACUUAGGCGCCCCAAGCCCUUCUGUCCCCCUCCUCUCUUUGUUCCUCAGGUUGUCCUUAAGGAAGGAGAGGGAGCUGCAUGCAGAAUGGGAGUGCAUCCUUCCGGAAGGGAAAAACUCCACUGACCUGUUUUUCCUUCUGUGGGGCAGCCCACCAAAUCCUGGGUCCCUACUUACUCAUCCUGUAGGAUUCUCCUGGGAACUCCAUGGCCUUCAUGACCUCUGCAGCCUGGCAUUGGGACCCACCCAGGGUUCCGUGGAGUCCCCAGGAAAGGUCUUGGAUGACCAUGGAACUCUGGAAGCACCACCCUACCUACCCCAUUACUAUUCUGGUGCAGUGCUGGGGUUCAUCCUCAAACUGCCCACCAUCUUUCUUCUGGCCUUUCAGACACUAUGUGGAGCACUGUCUACAGCAUACAGCCCCUACUUCCCUACAAAGACCCUGGAGUUUGUCUGGGAUGAGAGGCACAGAGGAGUUGGCCAAGACAGGGCAGUUCCCAGGAAGGAUGACACUAAGCUGGCAUUGGUGAUUGUUGCAUCCUCCCCACCCCCACCCACUAAUAUUGAUGCUCCUAGUUAGCAUGGGGUUUUGAAAAGAGGACUCUGACCACCUCAAAUCUUAUACCAAAGUGGCCAGGACCCUGCCUGUAAGUUCCUCCAGUCAACCCCUGUCUGCUUAAGUUACCCCACCCCUACAAAACUCCAAAGGCGCCUUCCACCAACUUCCAGAAGGCCCUGCUCAGCUUGAAUACUCUCUUGCAUAUCCAGUGUGGCAGAUUCCUCUUCCUUGCCCUCCCUUCUGACCUGUAAUUGGUCCCAAAUAUCAGGCCUAGCUUCAUCACAUGUGAGAGAAGUGCCAGACUAGUCCUUGUUCUUUAUUGGAGCAAAAUCCCUCAGGAGGUAAGGAAAUCUUCCUUGCACAGUUGUCUAAACUGUGGCACUUAGGAUUCUUAGGAUGCAAUGGCCUGUCCACCAGUAGAGGGCUCUGUCAACUGCUUGCUGCUCUAGCCAGCCAGCAUACAGGGAGGUUCUGUUCCAGGAACCCUUAACAAUAGAACUGAGGCUCAGAGAGGUAAAGUGAGGCCCUCAGGUCCCAGAGGAAAUGAUCAUGGAGACCCUACUUUAGCUCGUGAGCAUCCCACAUCUCUCCACACCCCCCAUAACCCUUCUCCAUUCAGACUGCCUGCUCCACCCCAAAUGUUCUAGCCUACUUUCUUCCAAGUUCAGUCUUCCUGCUGUGGCCUAGAGCAUAAGGUACAAGGUACAGUAUAAGCACAAUCUUAUCCUUAUGUGAUCGAGCCCAGUCUCUCCUGUAACAGUCUAGGGAAGAGCCUGUCCAUGGUCAGAGGGUCUCUGGUCUAUAUGCUCUGAAGCCCACUAAAGCUAGCCUCCCAGAGCCUAAGCGCCUAGAUCUUGGUGAAUCCACACCUGUUACUGGGGUCAGGGUCACAUUUUUGCUGGCAUUUAUGGUGCUACAUAGCCAUGUCCCUUGGGGCCACUGUCACUACAUUCUCAACUUAUGCUACCUCCAAAUCCUGUGUUUCCCAUAGCCUCCACUACUUCUCACAGUUCCCUUGAUGUGUCCCUUGAUGGCAUCACCAGUGUCAUAAAUAUUUCUGCUCUCAGCUGCCACAUGGAGCUGCAGCUCUGCUCCCCGGGGGAUGUCUCAUGUCAGUAGAGGAGGUAACAAAGUUCUCA